CAUGGACUAUCUUGAGGAACAAAAGCAGGAGAUCGAGAUUCUACAGAGCAUAUAUCCUGACGAGCUGGAGAUAGUAUCAGACACAGAAUUUCGCGUGUCGCUGUUGCUUGACACCGGCACAGACCGCAAGCACACCCUAAUCCUCGACGUCAAGUACCCAGAGACGUAUCCUGAGGUGGUUCCGCAAUUGCGCAUUGAACAGGAGCAUGAUGAGGCGCCCGAAAGCACACUCAAUAUCUCCGAGACCGUCGAGUUCGACAGAGACGAUUUGCUGGAUCUGCUGGACUUUGUCAACCAGAACGCCGAGGAAAACGUUGGUAUGCCUAGCAUAUUCACGCUUACGUCCUUGCUCAAAGAACAUGCCGAGACACUUUUUCAGGAUAAAGUGACCGCACAGGAGAAGAAGUACGAGGAAGAGCGCCGCGCUAGAGAAUACGAGGAACACAAAAAGUUUUCCGGCACCAAGGUGACGAAGGAGAACUUUGCCCAGUGGAGAUUGAAGUUCCGUGCCGAGAUGGGAAUCGACUCCAGGCUCAACGAGCGCUUCAAGCAGGUGCAUCAGGGAAGGCUCACAGGAAAGGAGAUAUUCGAAAGGGGUCUAGAACAAGAGGACGAGGAGUUGUAACGAUAUUUAAUCUGAUUCGUAAUUUGCAUAGUCGAACGAGUGUAGAAACAACAUCUCGUUGGUGAUGUGCGGGUGGUCUGGAACUUUGGGCAGUUCCGCAGGCUCGUGGUCACGGUACUUGUUCUCCACGUAUUCGUGGAUAAGAUCGGCGUCGUUCUGCAUGAUCUCGUUCUCACGACAGCUCAAAUAAUGUAGCAGCCAAUUUUCCUGUUUGACGGACUCCUCAUGAUCUUUUCUCUCUAACAGCGCUGUCUCCAACUCCAGCAGCUGCUCGCUUAGAACUUCGUCUGGCUCAGCCACGGCUGGUUUUUGGGAAAGCUCGCUCACCGGGGUCGGGUUCAAAACGGCGCUCUCAAAUGGCAGAGCACCAUCCAUCACCUGUUCGAUCUCGUCUCCUUCGAUGUCGAAAAU